AUGGGAAGCCAACGGAAGAUUGUCGAAUGCGUUCCCAACUUCUCAGAGGGCAAAGAUCGAGAGGUAAUCGAGGCCAUCGCCUCUGCAAUCAGGGCCACUGCUGGUGUCUCCCUGCUGGACGUGGACGCGGGCGCCUCUACGAAUCGCACCGUCUACACCUUUGUCGGCUCGCCGGAGGCGGUGGUGGAGGGCGCCCUGGCCGGCGCCCGGGUGGCCGCUCGCCUGAUCGACAUGGCCAAACACAAGGGCGAACACAAGCGCCUGGGUGCCCUGGACGUCUGUCCGUUCAUUCCGGUGAGCGGCGGCGUGACCAUGGAGGACUGUGUCCGCUGUGCACACCUCUUUGCUGGGCGGCUCGCCGAGGAGCUGCACGUGCCCGUCUUUCUCUACGGAUACGCCUCCAAGCAGGAGUAUCGCAAAGAGGUGCCGCAAAUUCGCGCCGGAGAGUACGAAGCACUAGAGGGGCGCCUAAAAGACCCUAAAUGGGCGCCCGAUUACGGCCCAACUGCCUUUGUGCCUCGCUGGGGCGCCACCAUCGUGGGCGCACGCAAGUUCCUCAUCGCCUACAACGUCAACCUGAUCGCCACAAAGGAGCAGGCCCACCGCAUUGCGCUGGCCAUCAGGGCGACCAAGGCGAACGGCCAGCCAGGGCGUCUGCCGGCGACGCAGGCCAUGGGCUGGUACCUGGCGGAGGCGAACAUCGCCCAGGUGACGGUGAACAUACUGGACCACGAACAGACCGCAGUGCACACCGUCUACGAGGAGGUGCUCAAGGAGGCGGCCGCCCUCCGCCUGCCCGUCACCGGCUCCGAGGUGGUCGGCCUGGUGCCCCGCCAGGCCCUGCUCGACGUGGCCGCCCACUACACCGCCCGCGAGUCGCUCUUCGUCCUCGAGGAGGACCAGAAGAUCCACCUGGCGGUCAGUCGGCUGGGCCUCAGCUCACUGGCGCCCUUUGACCCUGCCAAGCGGGUCAUCGAGUACAUGAUCAAGGAGGAGGGGGAGGAUGGUCCGACGAAGCUGGUCAAUCAGACGGUGGCCAAGUUCACGCGAAUGGUCGCCGACCGGACGGCCGCUCCGGGCGGCGGCACUGUCGGCGCCUGUGUCGGCGCUCUCGGUUGCGGCCUAGCGGCAAUGGUGGGCAAGCUGUCCUACGGGAAGAAGGCCUUCGAGUCGACGGACAGCCUCAUGCGCACGCUGAUUCCCCCGCUGCACCACACCGUGGAGCGGCUGCUGGCGCUGGCCGACGAGGACACCGACGCCUUCACCGAGUACGGCCUGGCGGUGAAGCUGCCCGAGGGAACUACCGAGGCGGAACGGGCGGCCAGACAGGCGGCCAUGGAGAGUGGCCUGCGCAAGGCCAUCUCCGUGCCGCUCAGUCUGAUGGAGGAGGUGACGAAGCUGUGGCCGGUGCUGGAGCGCCUGGUGCCCGUCUACCACCGGCCGACCACCAGCGACCUGCAGGUGGCGGUGCAGUGUCUGCGGACGGCCGUCUACGCCGGUGCCUACAAUGUGCGCAUCAACUUGAAGCUCAAGGAGGCAGUUCACCUGAGGGAAGAGAUCGCCCCCAAAGUGGAGGCCCUCAUUCGAGUGGCGGAAGAGCAAUCGGCCAAGCUACUCAGCUCAAUUGAGGAAGCGGACGUGUAA